AUGGUCUUUUUGAAUGGACAAAAGUUUGCAUGUGCCACUUGUAUCAAGGGCCAUCGGUCGACCACCUGCAACCACGGUGAACGACCCUUGCACGAGAUCAAGAAGAAAGGCCGUCCUUCGACCCAAUGCCCCCACUGCAAGGAGUUGCGUAAAGCCAAGCAGGUCAGCGUCCGCUGCAUCUGUGGUCGCGAGGAAGGUGCAGCUGCCGUUGCCAAUGGCCUGAAACGAGCAAAGUCUCUCAGCCAUGACGGACGUCUCACUAUCCCGGCAAUCGGCGGCGAGGAACUCCUCCGAUCCGUCGCGACCCAUGGCCAAAGCCCUCAGGACUCUUCUUCGGACGCUCAAUCGUCCACCGGAGGUGUCUCCCACUGCGGUUGCCUAGAUGGUAGAGUCUGCACUUGCUGUCGCGACCGCACUGGCCAUGUCGUCGUCAAGCCAAGCAAGGGUUCUGCCCAUGCCAACAGUUCUACCUUUAAGAAUUACCCCGCCAACCGCCAGCGUAGCGCCGCUUCCUUGGACCUCGGCAAGUCUGGCAUGUUGUUGUUCCCUCGAGACACCUCGUCACCUCUCCCCUUUGUCCCCCAUGGGCAGAACAACCAGGUCGUCCAGAGUCCCGACAGCUUUGGCAGUCAAGGAAAGGCCAACGCGGGUAUCUUCGCCUCCAGUGCUUCGCCCCUGUUUGCCCAGACGCUCUCUCCCUCCAGCAGCUCGGGUUGCGACAAUUCGCCCUCGACUUCCUCCCUCGGUAGCCACCAGAGCGGUCAAAUGCAAUCCCAUUUGUGCUUUGACUACGCCAGCUCGUCCGACUACGAUAGCGACCACUAUCCCACCACGUCGUAUUCGUAUUUUCCCGAGACCAUGACCAGCUACCCUGUGAGCAAUGCUUCGGAUGACUUGGAGGACAUGGACAUGUUGGCCAACGCUGACCCCAAGACUAUUAUGGAUGGCAUUAUGAACGGAACGACCGCUUUGAACCCUAUGGAAAGUGCUUCCGCCGAUGAGAUUCGCAUGCUCUACUCGGCCCUGUCUAGCUUUGAUACCGCUUCGCCCUCCGCCGUGCUGACGCCUCCCUCUCGAUCGUACUCCUCGCCUGUCCCUUCGGGCACCAGCUCGAUCCCAUCGUCGCUCCCUGCUCCGUCGGCUUUAGCUCCCAAGUCUGGCUGCUGUGGCUCAGGGAAUCGGUCUGAGACUGCUCCCUCCACCAUGGCAUCGACUCCAUCCCAUUCGCCUCCUGCUGGCAGAAGCGACAUUGGUGACGAGGAAAUGGCCUCCAAGAUGGACGGUUGCGGUUGCGCCAUCUCCCCCAACAUGUGCUGUUGUGGUGAGCGCUGCGCUUGCCCUGGUUGUCUCGCCUACCCCAACAACCAGAACAUCUUGGACCCCAGCCUCGACAUUGACUUUCGAUCGACCCCCGCCGGUCCUUCCCAGACCUCUGGCUGCUGCGGCUCCAACAAGACCGGCGCCACUUUAAUGAACGGUACUACUCUGAGCGAUAACAACAAUAAUGACCCCACCACCACCACCACCAACAACAACAACAACAACAACAACAACAACAGUAACAUCAGUGGCAACAACAACAACAACGGUCUGGCCCUCAACAACCUGCAAGCCGAGGCCUUCAAUCUCAGCGCCGCCUUGAAUCUGGUCCAGGCCAAGUCGGACUUUGACGCGCGCCAGACUGUCAAGCGACAAUUCAAUGGACUGUCCGGUCUGGAGGAGGCCAAGAUGCAGCAUCCGACUCUCCUCGGGGACAACGGUGUCUUGAUCUGCGGCUGCGGCUGCGGUCGCCCUACGGUAGAUUGUUCAGAGUGCUUCCGGGACAUGUGCCAGUUUGUGAGCGAGUCUCAGGGACGGAUGAUGAAGGAUGACCUGGAUUUUGAGAGUGCACUCAACGGUGAUGUCGGUGGUACCUCGUCCGAUCUCGGCCUCAGCAUCAACAUACCCGUCCCCCUCAACAUGGUUAUGAACAUGAACCUGGACAUGGACCUCAACAACAUGAACAUGGCCAACUUUGCUCACCCGUCGUCCAUGCCCCAGACCAUGAGUUUGCUCGCGAUGCAAGGCCAGCGAUCCAACGGCAGUCCAUCGACGUCCCCUUCCUUUGAGCAGCAACAGCAGCAACUGCAACUGCAACAACUCCAGCAGCAACAGCAGCAGCAGUUCUCUCAAGACAGCCUUCUGAAGCAGCAGCAGCAGCAACAGCAGCAACUGGCCCUUCAGAUGGAGCAGCGGUUGAGCCUUCGCCGUCGGUUCCGUGAGGGCAUAGAGGAAGAGCAGAAGCUUCAACUCCAGUUGAUGGAGCAGGAGCAGAUGCAGCUACAGCAGCUGCAGCAAUCGAUGCCCGGUCUGGACCAUCUACAGCUGGACUUUUUGGAUGACGAGGACUGGAGCUUUGUGGAUGAGAUCCGAACCGACGCAACGGAUGCCCAUAUGAACCCUGCGCCAAGGUCAUGA